AUGCUGGGUUGGAUGUUGAGACGCGGCGAGAACGCGCCAGAACCGGUCAAUGAUGGAGACACCACGCAAAUUGAUCAACCGGAUACCCCCGCGCCUGUUUUCGCUGCUAGAGCGUUCAAGAGUGCAUUGUUUGGAACUCCAGCGCGACCUACCAACCAAGCUACAAGAGCAGUAGCAAAAGACAGAAACGAUAAGACAGAUCAAAUGUCUCGAACCCCGCCUCGACCACAAGGAAUUCUUUUGACCCCGGGCACCGGAACUACGAGACGAAAGCGCGUAUCUUUUGGACAAGAUGUCAAGAAGAAUAACAAUCUCAGCAAAGAGCCAGAAACGCGCCAACGCACACGAUUGAACGACGCUUUGGAAAAGGCCUCAAAGUCCGUGAAUCAGAAGAACACAACACAGCAAGACCAGGACGAUUCUUCAGAUGAGUGGGAAGAAGCUGACGACGAGGACUACUGCACACACGACAUCACGGUUGAUCUUAACGAGCCUCAUUCGCAGUCGGGCAGAUAUUGGAAGGAGGAAUUCGAGAAAUACCACGAAGAUGCGAAAGCCGAAAUGGAGAAGCUACUCAAGUACAAGCAACUGGCAAAAUCGUACGCCAAGCAAAAGGAUGCGGAGGCAAUUGAGCUCGCAGUCAAGCUCAAGGAAGAACAACAAAAAGUGAUUGAGAUGGAAAGGCAGAUUGCUGAAGGUGCUUCCAAGAUUGCAUCAAAGCGAGUAGACAGAUCAGACGAAGUCAGUUCCGAGUUAUUAUCGACACUCACGAAGCAAACAGCCCUGGCUGUGCAAUAUCGAACACGCGUACAAGAGCUUGAAGACCAACUUGAGGAUUUCCUUCGAGAGCGGGAAGAUGAUGCGGACCCUAAAGACCGCAAGCGACGACAAGCGACAUCACCCAGGACGCAGAAAACCCUUAUCGAGACACAGCGUGAACUGAGACGAGCCCGAAUGCAAGUCAAGGAAGUUGGCGAACUUCGUGAGCAGAUAUCUUCUUUGAAAAGUCAGCUCAGAGCGGCGGAGAAGCGUGCUACCAAGGCCGAGGCAAUAAACGAGACGAAGAGUACGCAAGAAAAAACCGAAAACGAACCGAUGCGCGAAGGUUCACGAGCACAAGAACUACGCGCCCAGCUUCGCGAAGCAAGGGAAGAAAACAAGAAGAAGGAUGAGGAGUUGCGACAACUGAAACAAGAAUUUGAAGCCUAUCGUAAUGAAACUCAAGCCCACAACGCGGACACCAAUGGUGUUUUAGAACGAGCGCACUCCAAGAUUGCAGAACUCAAGAAGGAAAUCAGAAUACUCAAGGCUGGGGACAAUGAUGCUCUUGAGCAUAACGACAACGCAGCUCGGCCUAAGAGCUGGCAUGUUCAGACAGACACAGGGCGUCUGGCAGAGGAAGCCUCAAAGCCCCGGAUCAUCGAUUUAGAUGACAGCACCAAGAAUCGAAGACAUGAUAUGGCACGACGAAGCUUUGACUUGGCCGACCUGGAAAAUGAGACUAUGGAGCUCAAGGCGACAGACCCAAACGUGCCCUCAUUACGCCAGAAGUUUCACGAAGACGCUGUACCUAAAGUCACCAAAUCGGAUAUCGGCACUUCGAAGCCAAUAUCGUCAAGUCUUGGUGAUAAGCCAGACAUUGGCCGGCCUAGAUGGCAGCCAUUCGUUCCGCGAUCACCGAGAAAUAGAGCAUAUCUUGGCGAAGAAAUCACUAAGCGAAUUGAGAAUGGGGGUGCGACUCCCGGCCGAACUGGUUUGGAUGACAUCGCCGCGCCUGAUCUGCCUGCAUUGGCUAAGUCAAUCGCUCGUUCGAAGCGAAUCACAUCUGGCGAGAAAUCUGAAGAGAAGAUUGACUUAUUACAUGAUCACUAUGCGCGUGUAGGAGGCCCGGAUCCGAACAACAGCACAUUCAUGGUCAACGCGUCAAAGAGCGUGUUGCCGCCUGAGCAUACGGCUAAUGUCAUUCAAGAUGAGAUUCUUGAAUUAGAAAAGCGUCUCAAGGAUGCUAAAGCACGUCUUAACAAGGUCCAGCCUUCGCCACCCCUAUCUGUAUCUACAGAGCCUCAUCUCGCCUCAACAACUCAUUUUCUACUUCUUCUCUCAGACUCAGCACUUCCAUUAGGCUCAUUUGCUUUUAGCAGUGGUCUCGAGUCUUAUCUUGCUCAUGAACCGCGUGCCUCGGCAUCGUUUGCCUCCUUUCUGCCUUCAUCGCUCUCAUCGUUCGCCGCGACAACACUACCCUUUGUCUUAGCAGCGCAUCGCGACCCGGAGUCUCUUCCUCAGUUAGAUGACCAGCUCGAUGCUGCUAUCAUUUGUACUGUAGGUCGACGUGCGAGCGUUGCGCAAGGUCGUGCAUUGCUGGGAAUCUGGGAGCGGUCGUUCCGUGCGAGCUGCCCAGAUGUUGAUGGGCGGCCAUUGAGGGAAUUUGCAGCGUUGUUAAGACAUGAAAGUCAGAAUGAAGUGCCGCUUGUCUCUGCGCAUCUAGCGCCACUGUUUGGAGCGAUAUGCGCGCUUGUAGGACUGGGUUUGCGACAGACAGCAUAUGUCUUCAUGCUGAGUCAUGUUAAGGCGUUGAUAUCUGCUGCGGUGCGAGCAAGUGUCUUUGGUCCGUAUCAGGCGCAGAAGGUGUUGGCUGGGCAGCAAGUACAGAAGAUGAUCGACGAUAUGAUCGACCGAGAGUGGAAUACUCCCGUUGAAGAGGCUGGGCAAACAGUGCCUGUUAUGGAUUUAUGGAUUGGACGGCAUGAGACAUUGUACUCUAGAAUUUUCAACAGCUAA